UGUAACUUACAGCCUACAAGAAUGGGAAAAGUUCAACCAGAGGAAAAAGAUGCCAAAGAAAAGACAACUGAGUUUAGUUUAGUGCGGGUCAAAAGUACAUGGAAGGGCCAACUGGGAAAAAAGAUCAAUAAGGACCGAGUGGACAGUGUCUCGGCUGCAAAAAUCUGUGAAAAUGUCACAGAGAAGGGUACAACCUGGACAGUUAUCAGUCCCAUUGUCUUUACUUACAAGGUAACUGAAACUCAGGGCUUGCUGGACCCAGGCAACGACACCCUCCUUCUGGGCCACAUCAAUGACCCUCAGCAGCUAGAGGACAUUAAAAAAUCAAACAAGCCAAUCAGACGCUUUGUGGUGGUUGACCAGGCAGUCUUUCAAAUCUAUGGCUCCAAGCUAACUGAAUACUUAGAGGCCAACAAUGUCUCUUACAAGAUCUUGGCUCUACCCACCACUGAGGAGAACAAAUCUAUGGAGAUGGCCCUGAAGAUCUUAGAUGAGGUCAACAACUUCUCUCUUGACCGACGAACAGAGCCCAUCAUUGCCAUUGGUGGAGGCGUGUGCCUUGACAUAGUGGGCUUUGCUGCCUCACUCUACAGGAGGCGCACUCCUUACAUCAGAGUCCCAACCACACUGCUCUCCUACAUCGAUGCCAGCGUAGGGGCAAAGACAGGGGUUAACUUUGCAAACUGCAAGAAUAAGCUGGGUGCCUACAUUCCACCUGCUGCCACCUUCCUUGAUCUAUCAUUCAUACAGACUGUUUCCCGACGACAUAUCUCCAAUGGGCUGGCAGAGAUUUUAAAGAUGGCUAUGAUGAAGCACGGCGGCCUCUUCGAACUUCUCGAGAAACAUGGCUCUAUGCUAUUGGACACUAAAUUCCAAAUUGAUAACAGUGUAUAUGGGUGCAGCACCCUAAAGGCUGCAUCACAGGCAACUCGCAUAGCUAUUAUGACUAUGUUGGAGGAGCUUGCCCCAAACCUUUGGGAGGAUGACCUCGACAGACUUGUGGACUUUGGCCAUCUUAUCAGUCCAGCAUUAGAGAUGAAAGUUCUCCCGUCUCUGCUUCACGGUGAGGCAGUGAACAUAGAUAUGUCCUAUAUGGUUUAUGUGUCCAAAGAGAGUGGUCUAUUGACAGAAGAGGAGAAGCAGAGGAUCAUCAGCUGCAUGGUGAGCCUGGAGCUUCCUGUCUGGCAUCAAGAGUUUACUAUGGAGCUCAUACAGAAUUCUCUGCAGGACAGGCUGAAACAUUCUGGCGGCCUGGUCAGAAUGCCUCUCCCUGUAGGUCUCGGGGAAGCAGAAAUUUUUAAUAACACAUCAUAUGAGAUCCUGCACAGAGCUUACGAAAAAUGGUGCGAGGAACUGAGCACCGCUUCUGAGAGCAACUGUGACCCUUAAUAGUGUCAUCCUACAACCCCCUCAA